CCUCCGCAGGUCAAUUCAAGAUGUCGAGCCCGAGUAAAGGCAAAGUUUCAGGUCAGAUCAAGACGGAUCAUGACUCAACACAGCGUCUUGCUCCUACAGGGCAGGAAGGAGGCGUGACUGAGACGGACUCUGGGUAUGACAGAGCUCUCAGGUUUGAUCCUAAGGAGGAGUAUAACAUGAAGCACAAACGCAGGGGUCUGGCGCUCAUCUUUAACCAGGAGACCUUUUACUGGCAGCUCAUGUUUAACCCUCGAAACGGAACCAGGGCAGACAAAGAGAACCUUAAAACAAGGUUUGAGCAGCUGGGCUUUGAGGUGAAGGUGUUCAAUGAUCUAAAACAAGAAGAAGUUCUGGAAAUCAUCAAGGAAGCUGCAAACGCUAAUCACGCAGAUGCUGACUGCUUUGUGUGCAUAUUCCUGAGCCAUGGUGAAGCUGGACACGUUUAUGCCUACAACGACAAGAUCGACAUCCUGGAAAUGACGUCUCUGUUCAGAGGAGACAAAUGUCAUAGUCUGGUGGGAAAACCGAAAAUCUUCAUCCUGCAGGCAUGCCGUGGGGACAAACACGAUGAACCAGUGACUCCCAUGGACAUGGUGGACAGCAGAAUUGAAAAUGAGGUGGUGGUGGAUGCCGGUGUGGUUCAAACACUCCCCGCAGGGGCCGACUUCAUCAUGUGCUACUCAGUAGCCGAGGGUUUCUACUCGCACAGGGAGACAGUGAAUGGUUCCUGGUACAUUCAGGACCUGUGUAUGCUACUAAAGGAGUAUGGCUCCUCUCUCGAGUUCACCGAGCUUCUCACUCUCGUCAACCGCAAAGUGUCUCACCGCAGCGUGGGGGUCAGCAAAGACCCCUCAUCUAUCGGCAAGAAACAGGUGCCCUGCUUCGCCUCCAUGCUCACCAAGAAGCUCUACUUCAGGUCCAAGCAAUGAGAUUACAUUUAGACACACACACACAUGCAUGUAGUUAGGAAUUCUGAUUUAGAAACAGCAGCAUAUAUAGGUACAGAUGAACAGUCACAAGGUUUACACAAGGUUUUUUUAAGGUGUGCAAAAAUUAUAUGCAUGUAGAGUGAUGGAAAACUUGCUUUCUUAAAGGUCUGGGCUGUAUCAGGGGACUAAUAACAGUAAAGGCUUAUCUCAGGGAAUUAAUGAAAAGAUUAUUUUGGGAAACCAAUUAAAAUUGAGGGUUAUCUCACUGGGACAAAGAAAAGUCAGUGGCCAUGCCCGGCAUCUAACAAAAAAUGCAGGAUCAAAUUUAGUUCGUUGGGGGGUGUUAGGAUAGGUAACCACUCAAAAUGGUGCAUUAUCUCAGGCUUUUAUUGACAAUGUAUGUUUGCUUGCAAAACUUAUUAGUGCAUUUGUGUGAAAAUGGAUCGCUCUUUAAAACUUUAUAUUGGGGGGGGGCUUGGAAAAUUAAAGGGCUAUCUAAAGGGGGCCAAUGAAAAUGGCAGGUUAUUUAAAGGGGACCCAUAAAAAUUUAUUGUUUAUAAAGGGGUCUAUUGAAAAUGGAUGCUUAUCUAUAGGGACUAAUGAAAACGGAGGGUUAUUUAAAUGGGACCAAUAAAUAUGGGCCGUUUAUAUUAAAGGCUUUAUGAAAAUCCAAGGUAAUGUAAAGUGACUAAUUAUAGUAAGUUGCAAUUUUAAAGGGAGAGCUCUAGGAAAAGAAAUGAGUUAAAUAUGUACUAAAGACAUCAUGACCUUAGAUAAGUAGGACUGCAGAAGUUUCAUGAGUCUCAGCUGAACUUUGGGCAUUUUUGCACAGAAUGAAGAUUGUGGCAUUUCCGUUGACAAACUUCACAGUUGGUGUGCAAGUAUGAAAAUUUAUAAUCACCAAGAUCUAAGAUCAUUAAGACAUAAAAAAGGGGAAAAAAACUAUCCCCUUAAUUUCAGGGACCAAACAAAGAAUGCAUUAAAAAACCUGUAGUGUAUAAAGGAGCUAAAAAAAAAAAUUUAAAAAAAAAAAAUUAAAAUUAAUACAGCCACCAUGUAAUGUGCUGCUGGAAUUCUUGGAACUGGAAACUUGAUCACCACGUGUUUUUAUGAACAAAACGGCAACCGGUUAAUCAGAUGAAACCAAAAUAAAUUAUGUUUUGUCUAAUACAAACUUAAAACUUAAUAAAGUAAGGAACAAAAUGAAAGAAACUACUGCUAAAUAUAUCUAAUUUUGCAUCAAAAUUUUAAUUCUGCAUCAUAGCAUUAGAAUCAGUUGUGUUUAAUCUUUCUGGACCUUUGGGGAACAUAGCUGGUGCUGGUGUUGGUCUCAAAAAACACUUUUAAUUAAUUUCAAGACUCUUGAAUUAGAUUUCUUGAACCAGAAGAGAGAGUUUCUCUUUAAAGCAAUCUACAGAGACACUACAUGUAUUUGUAGAUCUGUGGUUUGUAACAGCUCACAUACAUCAUGUUUUAUGUACUUGAUUCUACUAAAUAUUUUGUUAUCAUACCUUGGGGAAAGCAAGGUAUGAUAGAUUAGAUCAGAAGAGAUUAUGGAUGUUACUUUUAUUGUUUGCUAUGUUGGAACAGUCAGCAACAACACACUUCCCUUGCUAUCAGUAAAGAGGAUCUACAAAAAUAGCUUUUUUUGCACAGAUGUCACCUUCUGGUCAUCCAUAAACUUUUAGAAAAAUUUCCCCUGUUUGGUCAAUUUCACUUCUCUUGCACACAUGGUGAAUUUCCAUGGCAUUUGUGUUGAUAGUAAACCAUGAACAUUUACAAAGAAAUGCAGGCAUUACCUGUUUAACAAGUUUGAGAGGAUGCUCAUUUAGAGAACACAGAAAUGAGCUGGGGAUUUCUCUGACAUGGAAAUAGGAAAUGAUUUUACAGAACAGAGAUUGAUUCCUGUAAUUUAUAUUUACUGCUAUUUAUUGUGUAGAUGCUUGUAGAUCUGAGAAGUGAAGCAGAAUUCAGUCUGUCUGAAUUUUAAGGAAUACGGGACAUGACUUGGUCAAACUUAUUUAAAGUAACC